UUAAGUAUAGUUAUAAGAUGUGAAACUUCGAGUUACAGGAGUAUAUCCAAAAUGAACGUCUGGUCUGGGGCCAUCGUACUGGAUGGACAAUCCCAACUCCAAGGCCUACAACUAAUUGAUAGAUCCUCUACUUGGUCUUCGGAUAUACAAAAGGACUCGACGCUAAAUCUUCGUUGCUUUGUGAACCCAGCCUUGAUACCAUUAUAUGCACGCGUUGGCCCAAACCUCGAACUGCAUACAACCGACACGCAAACAUCGCAAUGGCUAAAAAGCAGGCUACUGAGGGGUUUGUGGCUCGAAGAGGAGGACCCGGAUAAGUUUCAGACUUUGCAAUGCCCUGUCGGUCUCCUUGUAAGUAUCGAUAGUAUGGCACGGACAAAACCAGGGUCAACCACGACGGAUAUACUGGUGUACGGCGUCUUGUCAAGCACAACGUCUUUUGACUGUCCUCCCACCCCUCCAGUGUCAUCUUCAGCUAGCUCUGAUGAACCUGCCUCACGAACUAUCAGACAAAGCCUGAAAAUAUAUGCUACACCCAUUUCGUCAUCCCUCAUCAGCAGAAUGCAAGCGCUUCCAUCCCCACAAAAUGCAAGUGGAGUUGUUAGAAAUGGGGGUCUUGCGGAAUUUCUCCCAGGCAUCCGUUCUCCGAGCCCCAAGCGUAAGCGGGUAGCAACACUGUUUGAAUCAGUUGCACGACAUCAUAAGAGGGUGAGGCAGAAAGGAGGGGAGGGGGUAUCUCAGUUGAUGGCGCACUCGCACUCUCAGUCAUCACAACAGUUACAUACUCUUCAGAUCAAACGAGAAUCAGAAGAACCUAAUCCUCCUAUAGUAGACCGAAUUGCAUUACAAAGUUCACGGUCUCUCUCAUCUGGGACAAACCUGCACCACGGCAAACCUUCAGAGCUUCGCACAGAGAACUCUAGGCCCAGCAGCAACCGGGGGCAUCCACGUGAAUUCAUCAAGAGGAAUACGCCAAACCCAUUCAUAGAACCUUCUCUGCGAAAGGAGAGGGAGGCCUCACCGACGUUGCCGCCGUCUGAUGGAAAGUUAGAGUCCUCAAAUGCGCUCAAGGAUACUGAAGAUAUCAUUAUUGAAAAUAAGAACACUAUUUCUCGUACGAUAUUAACUUGCAUGCGGCUGUAUGGAUUCAACCGUCCGACCACACGAUCUGGAUCUUCGAGCAAGAAUCCAGUUAAUCACGACGUGGUUCCUUCUCACGCUGAAGAGAAAGAUCCUCGCAUAGCAGCUGCUGCAGCACCUCUGGCCACCUCGACCUCCAAUGCCGAUGAGGAUGAGUUCAAAGCGAUGUACCAUGCGACAUAUCGCGCGUCUAGCUUCGCCCUACGCAAGUAUCUAAAAGAGGCGCCUAUGAGCGAAGGCAGCUUGAAGUCUUUACCGCCUUUGCUAGACAAAGCAAGGGCGAUGACUUAUAUUGAUGAGUUUUUAAGGCUAUUCUGUGAGGAAAACUAAAGCUGUCUGGUACGGCUAAAUGA